GGAAAAUAGAAUAGGUUCUAUCAACAACAAAAUACAGAGACUGCUGUAGACCGUGGACACGGUUCGUGUCAAGAUGUCCAAAUAUUUUUAAACUGAACCUUAUUUUCAGCUUUUCUUCUGCAAAAUCAAGUAGUUUCUUGCUUUCGUCAUGAGUGCCGAAAGUAUAGCAGAGAACCACAUUCGACAAAAUCAUUCUUGGGCUAAACUGCCAGCAAAUGUUCGACAAAGCUAUGGAAACUCUCAAAGGGAAUAUGAAAAGGCUGUAGUAAAUUUUAGUGUUAAAAAUCAGCUCCGCCACAAAGGAAACUUAGUGCGCAACAUUAGAAAGGAUGAGCAAAGGUAUUAUGAAGAGGUGCUACAAUACAGUAGAGAGCAUCUCAUGCUUUAUCCUUACCACCUGUCAGAUAUUUUUGUCAAAGGCCUGAGAAUGACACCCUUCUCUUACUACUGCAACAUGAUGCAAGAUAUCAUGAGCCAGGAGAAAAGUUAUGAUUCACUGCCCAACUUUACUGCUGCUGAUUGUCUUAGAUUAUUGGGCAUAGGGCGCAAUCAAUAUAUUGAUCUGAUGAAUCAGUGCAGAUCUUCAAAGAAAUUUUUUAGAAAACGACCCGUCAAAGAAUUACUGCCAAGUCAGCCAAUAGAAGGAGUUUCAAUUGAUGCUUGGUGGAUUGUCCAAGUUGGCUACAUUACAGAGGACGAUAUCAGGAUGUGCACAACAGCAGAAAAGAAAGUCAUUGACACUGUGAUAGAUGCUGGGCCACAGAUAGCUGGAGAAAUGGACAAGGAAGUUGUUAACAGUCUCUACAGAAAAGGAUUGAUUUACCUUGAGGUGCCCAUUGGAGAUGAUGAUUGUAUCAGUGUGCCCCCUUUGGAAGGUUUUGUGAUGAAUCGGGUGUUGGGAGAUUACUUUGAGACCCUACUCUACAAGAUAUUUGUUUCAAUUGAUGAGCAGACACCAAUUGCUGAGCUUGCCAAUGUCCUACAGAUUGAUCUCUCUCUUGUCAAGAAUGCAGUAUCAAUGUAUUGCCGGCUGGGCUUUGCUAAGAAAAAGUCAACAGACUUUGACCUCUCUGACCUCCAUCCAUCAUGGUGCAUCAACCAGGAGUCCCCAACCUCAGGCCCUCUGUCUAAAAACAGCAAGUCAAAUGAAGAGCGCACACUUUUGAUUGAUGACCUCAGUAGCUCAGUACACCUAGAUGCAGGAGGGGAGAUCACCAAGUCAAAUUCAAUUAUUGAUGAAAGAGGACUUGGAAUGGCUGUCGGAUUAGAUCAAUUAGGCAAGCAGAAAUCAGCUGUUAUUCUAAGGUCACUUCAUGAAUAUAUGAUUUCCCACACAUCCAGCCAAACUAAGAGGAUAGCCUUCUUGUUUGAUUCAACUCUCACAGCAUUUCUUAUGAUGGGAAAUUUAUCUCCGGGUUUAAAAAGUCAUGCUGUCACCAUGUUUGAAGUUGGGAAGCUGAGUGAUGAAUCUAUGGAGAGUUUUCUCUCAGAGUUGGAGAAGGUAGGCUCAGAUGCUGAAGGUGAGGCCAGGCGUUAUUUUGACCAUGCACUGACCCUGCGGGACACGGUCAGGUUUUUGAGGUACAACAAGGAGUUGGUGGACGAGGCAGACUCCGGGGUUGUCCACAAUGGUCAAGGGAUUGACCUCCUGCGCUGUGAAAGUCUACUUGGACUUGAUCCUGAGACAAGGUCAAGAGUCCUCAACAAAAAUUACAGUCUUUUAGUGUCUAUGGCCCCACUCAGUAAGGAGAUUCGGCCUGUGAGUAGUUGUGUGCCUCAACAUAUUGGGCCUGCAAUUCCUGAGGUAAGCUCUGUGUGGUUUAAGCUGUUCAUCUAUCACAUCACUGGCUGUGGACCACCCUCACUGUUGUUGAUGAAAGGGACCAGGCUGCACCGUUUGCCUCGUGUUUUUAAAGCCUAUGACCGUCUUCUUGUAACAACAUGGGGUCACGACCCAGGUGUGAUAGCAGCAUCAAACAUCCUCUUGACGCUGAAUGACGCACUCAGCCACUCGGCCGUGUUUGUACAGGGUCAUGGUGUCCACGCUGAAGGCAUGACCGUACACGUCCCUUUCCCAUUUGAUGAAGCAUUAGGUACAUUCACAGAUGGCUACCAUCAGUGCCACCAGGCCAUAAACAAGCUGAGCCAGACACUAGAUCUGGUCCACACUUGUGGCUAUGUGACCCUCCUCAACCCUCACAAGGAGGAGAUCCACGAGGACGGCCUUGAACCUGACCUGCCAGAAGCUCACAUGGCCACAGAGAUGAGCCCAGGAAGUGUGGAAACAUCUUCCCAGCCCAGUGGCAGCACCACGUCUGCUGCUGAACAAGAUGCGGCACUCCUGCCGUGCAAUGGUUUCAAGGACCAGCACUCCGAGGAGGUUUUGCUCUCAGAGCUAGACAACUUGGAAAACAAUGUCUUCUCUGAAAACCCUGACACUCUGCAAGAGACAAAACAUAACCUUCAUUUAGACGUAAAGAGGCCAGAUUGUAAGUCUGUGUUACCUGGCACUGGCAUUAAGUCACCUGAGAGUCUACAAGAAAGUGAGUGGUUGCUCUUGGAUCUCUGCUAUGGCCUGCCUUUGUUCAACACAAGUCUCAACAAGGAAGUCUGCUCAAGGAUUUCUAGACUGAAACUCUUCAAGCAAGAAAGUUUGCAAGAGCUGCUCCAGUCUAGCCGCAUGCUGUCUCUAAAACUGUUAGAAUUCAUCAUGGCCUGGCAGGUUCCAAACAUAGUUGCAGACGUGGACAAUCAAGGCAUCCCACAGAACAAGGAUGAGCACUGCUCACUUUUCCCAUCUCAGAAUCUGUUUUUUGAUGGAACAAAUAUUCUUGUAUGGAAGGGGCAUUAGUAGGUUGUUUUUUCUGGUUAGGAAUCAUCGAGGACAAUAUUUUGAAGAUGAAAAUCUAAUGGCCAUUAGCAGCCUUCAACUCUGGUAUGACCAGCACAUGCUACAGGUGUACACCUGUUCUGACCACGAACUGUUGCUACACUUAUGUAGCAUCUGUGACUGCCUACCUAACAUUUUUGAAAGAUUUCAAAUCAUUUCCACAACUUCAUGUUUUUGUUUUUUUUUAAAACACAGAAGUCUCAGUUUUCUUAAUUUUUGUAAAUUAAAAAUAAAAUCCUUUAAAGUAAGGAUAUAGUCUCAAACUUGUACCUCAGUUUUAUGAAAAGUUGUUAGGUGUAUGAGCAGAUGUAGCAGCUAAGUAAAGAAAUGUGUGAUAUCUUUUCUUAUGAGUCAAAUAAGUUUGUUAGAAAAUUGUGGAGCUGCAUGAUUAAGGUCUCUUUGUUAUGCCUCUUCUUCGAUCAGCUUUUGGAAUCGUAACAAUGCCUUAUCAGGUUCAAAAGAUUGUUCACAAGGAAAUAAAAUACAAUUUUUUUUUGUCUUGUGAGAUCACAGAAUUUUGUUUUAGUUUAAUUUUUUUGCUUUACACACAGAAAUCAUUCCUUCUAUGUGACAAGUCAUACAUUUACUAGUCAAGCUUUAAGAAUUAGUUUAUUAGUGUUGUAUUAAGAUGACAGUUAUUCAGCUUUAAUGAACAGUUUCCUCUCCUUCAGGUUUAACUGUUUCUAAAAAUGUCCUUUCACUGGUUCAAACAAAUAGUGUGUGGUUAGCUUGUUUAUGAAGAGACUAUUUCAACAUUUGUAUGGAUAAAGAUGUACAGCUUGCUGUUUUAUUGAUGUUUGUUUAUGUUAUCCAAUUGUUUAUAUGUAACAAAAUAUUUGUUAAUGGGUAAUUCUGUAUAUAGUUCUAAUUAUUUAAGAUGUAAAUAAAAUGAAUGUUGGAUGGGAACAUGCACUACAUAACAUUUAUUAUGCAUUCACCUUCUUUGAAACAUCUUGUAUGGAAAGGCCCCAAUGUUUUUUGUUUUUGAAUGUACAACCACAUGACAGGCAUAACCAACAGUUUGAGAUAUCUUUUGUAAGGGCUUGUCUAUUUAUGACAUGCAAUUUGAUCUUUUUUUUUUAAAUGAUGGCAUCAAGUUCCAACUCCCAGCAUAAA